AGAAAAAAAAUAAAGGAGGAGGAGAGAGGAGGGGGUGUUUGGGGGCUUUCUGAAUCUAGAAAUUAAUAAAUAUUAAAACACCUAGUUUGGAAGACUUCUGUGGGAAGAAAGGGGACCUGCAUCUGAGAUGGCUGAGGUGUCACAAGAGGAGAGACUCCAGGCCAUCGCUGAAAAAAGGAAGAAGCAGACAGAGAUUGAAAACAAGAGAAGGCAGCUUGAUGAUGAUCGACGGCAACUUCAGCAUCUUAAGUCAAAGUCAUUGAGGGAGCGCUGGUUGUUAGAUGGAGCUCCAGCAGAAGAGGAGACACAGAGGCGUCUGCAGGAGGAUGAGAUGAAGACCAAGCUUCUGGAGCAGGUCAUCCUUAGGCUGGAGCAAGAAAUCGAAGAACUGGAGACUGGUGUCCCAGCUAAUAAAGGUGUGGCCAAAGAAAAUGGUGAGAAUGGAGUAGUGCAGACCUCUGGCCAGACCCCGAAAAGAGAGGUGACAGGGGUGGAAGCCAAGCUUCUGGGCCCCAGUCCUGACCAAGCCAGUGAGAACAACCCAGUCACUCUGGUGUUCAUGGGCUACAAGACUGUCGAAGACGAGAAGGAGAUGCACACGGGCAUGGAGGGCGUGGACGGCAACGUGAAGGCUGAGUUCGUAGUGAUUGAUGAUGGCGAGGGGAAGGCGGCGGAUGCAGCCACGGAGGAGCAGGCACCGCCUAACGGCAGCAUGGCGGAGAAAGAGAAGGCCAGCGGAGAGGAGGGAGAAAAGGAGAAGGAGAAGAAACAGACCUGCAAGUGCUGCACUGUCAUGUGAGAUAUGAGUGCCUGUUUAUCGGUGUGUGUGUGUGGGUGUGUGUGUGUGACUGAAUGCGUAUGGGUGAGUACACACCUGCACCCGUGCAGAGCUGUGGGCCAUUGCAUGAGUCCCUAUUUGCAAUCGUAUGUAGCUUUUGUGUUUGUGUGAAAGUGUGUGUCAGGACUGAUUUACAGCUACACAGUCAAUAUCCCAACAAUGAGAGCCGAAACGAGCUCCAGCUCCAAGAACCACAAAGACUCAUAAGUACACUUACUCUAUAUACUUUCUCUGUAUUUUGACUUUUGAUUUCUAUUGAUAUUUUUCUAUUUUUCUGUCUUGACCUUUCUAUCGUAGCCUACUUGUGUGUUUAUCCUUAUUAUGAGACUGUGUACCGUAUGUUCAUUGUUCUUAUUGUUUAAAAAAAGAAAAUGUAUGAGCUCUCUGGAUUGUACUGCAGCCAAACUGGAAACAUUUCUGGAAAAACAAAAUCCAAAACAACAAACUAUGAAGGACACAGAUACUUAAAUAUAUAUAUAUGUCUCUGUGUAGGCCUACCAACUAUUUAUCAGUCAAUUUCAUAUUUCAAUAUUGUCUAAGAUAUUAUUUUGAAUAGUAUUUUAAUAUAUUGAUAUGAAAUUAUGUUUUAUACAAUGUAUUUAUUGCUUUGGUUCUAUGUGUCACCCCCCCUCCCCAACAUCACCUGCAUGUUAGGCUAGUAAGUGCCACCAGAUUAACACUCUUUAACAAGUGUCUGUGCUUUCUUAGACUCAUAAGUGCUCAUAUCUUUAGUCACACACAUUUUUCUGUUGCUUAUGGUUAAUUAUACAUGCAGUGUUCAAGUAAUGCAUCAUGCUUAAGAAGAAACAUGGCGAAGACGCCCAUAAAGUCAUGUUACCGGUCACUUUAUUUUAAUACUCGAUAUAGCGUGCGGCACAUGUACAUGGGGAUCACUGCUUUUACAACAGAUUAGAUUAUUUGCACCAUAACACUGUCUUUCCAAAGGUGUAUAGUUGGGGCCACGUGAAUUGGAAGACCUCAUAAUAAUAAAUUUGACUUUUAAUGCAUCAGCAUUAUCUCACUCUGAGAUUUCUAAAGCAAGAAUCAAUGUGGGUAAAAGUAUUCAGUGUGGCAAAUGAUUUUAUUUAAAGCUGUUAUUUGCCAACGGGACACCAGUCUGCUGAAGCAUUUCACAAGGUUGCAACAGCAAUGAGGGAGAGGGACCCGGAGCCACUCAGUCAGGGGUGCUUUUUGCAGCCAAUGGGUCAUUUGGAACCCUUGAAAUGAUUUCGUGGGGCACCUCGGAUCAAUUUGACAUUGAUACAGAUUUACCAAAUCUCCACAGAGGUUUGAUGCAGAUGGACCGUGUUGCCUUUUAUUUUCUAGGUUGAUCAAGUUGUUCGGGUUUUGUUUUAAUGUUGCAAUUAAUCAGACUGCAAACAGGCAACGAUUUUACUCAGAAGCAAACCUUGGUGUACCCUCUCAUUUGAAAUAGAGGCCCCUGCUGAGAAUACAUUAAAAUUAGGAGUAUUUUUAGUGUCUUUUUAUUUUCCUCAGGCAAAUAUGUGGAUCCCUUUGAUGGGUCACAUCUGCUAUGAUUUACAUAUUUAUUUUCCACCUGACUCCUUUAAAGCUCCAAUAAGAUUCCCUAUGUGCUUUUUUUUGUUGAGCAGAU